GGAGGUGCCGUCGGACACAACCCAGAUACAGCAAGUUAUUCGAGCCCGCCCUGGCUUUCGCUGCCGGCUUCCUCUGUCUGCUGGCUUCUUGGCAACGAUACCCUGCUCGUGGUGCCGGGGCUGCUGGUGGCCUCGGGUUCACGGCCCUUGGCAAAAACCGCGCCUCCUGGCCAUCCCAGCAAACCCGCUUCGACUCGCAUCUCGCCAAAGACAUCCCCUGCAUCGCCGAGCGUCAGCGGUGAAUAUUCUGCAGACAUCGACACAUCACCGACCCAUCGGCCCGCUUGCGUUCCAUUGCCUAUUUUCCUUUUGUACUCCCCCCUUUGCUGUAAUUCGAGCACACUCUCCACCAUGUCCUCCCACUUGGAUUUCUCUCGCUUCGCGGCCGACAUCAAUGCCUCUUACUCGGCCGUCUUGAGCGAGGCUGACCGUACCAACUGGGCCCUGUACUCUGUCAUCGGCGCCAACGUCUCCGAGAUCAAAUACAUCGGCUCUGGCGAGGGUGGCCUCGAGGAGCUCCAAGAGGAGUUCGAGGAGGGCAAGGUCAUGUUUGCCUUCUGCCAAGUCAAGGAGCCAAUCUCAAACCUCAACAAAUUUGUGCUGAUCUCGUGGCUCGGAGACGGCGUUCCAGUGUCCAAGAAAGGCCUUUUCAAUGUCUGGGUUAAUGAUGCCAUCUCUUUCUUCAGGGGCCACCAUGUCCACAUUAACGCUCGUACAGAGUCCGACGUCGAUCCCAACUACAUCAUGAAGCGGGUCAAAGAUAGCUCCGGCGCAAAAUACUCGAUCCACAACGAGGCCGGCAAUGCCGCACGAGAUGCCGAGCCGGAGCCAGUGGGCGCUUCCUACAAACCGAUCGUCACAAACCCGCAGCCCCUCAGUUCCGGACGACUCAGCUCCACGCAACAGCCCGAGACCAAGCCUGCAAUUCCCUCGGCAUACACCGCCCCACAAGCUGCCCCAGUCCCCAGCCCUACACCCAAGUGGGUCCCACCUCGUCCUGGCACCCAAGCCAAGGUCACAGUCGCAGCAGCAGCAGCGCCAUCCCCAGCCGUCUCUCAACGCGAUCGGGAGUACGCCGAGCGGGUUGCUCGUCAAAAGGCGGAGCGAGAGCAAUGGGAGCGAGACCAGCUCGAGGCCGAAAAAGAAAAGGAGUUGCAGAAGAAGGCGACUGCAGAUCGAGAACGACAAGAGCUCGAAGAGCGCGAGCGUGAACUUCAUGAACGCAAUCGGCAGCUUCACGAGCGCGAAGAGCAACAGCGCCAGAAGGAACGCGAGGAACAGAAGCGUCUUGAGCAAGAACAGGAGGAGCAAGAGCGUCUUGGCCGCCUGCGGGAAGAGCGGGAGCGUCUCGAGCAGCUCGAGCGAGAGCGAGCGCUUGAACAGGCUGCAGCCGCGGCCGCUUUAACCCAGGCUCCAGUUCCCGCUCGUCCCAAGGCCGCUGCCACAUCGCUCGCUGCCGUGUCGCUCUAUGCAUAUCAGCCUGAGGAAUCAAACGAAAUCGGCUUCGAUGAGAACGAGCUCAUCACUGAUAUUGUGCAGGUCGAUGAAGGCUGGUGGGAGGGCGCCAAUCUCCGUGGUGAGCGUGGAUUGUUCCCGGCCAACUAUGUCGAGCUGCAGCCCGCUCGCGAAGCGUCGCCUGAGCCCAUCCGACCUGUCCCAGCCCCUCCUGUCCCGACAUCCGCUCCCCUUCGGAGAUGUGCUACAGCUCUGUAUGACUACGAAGCUCAGGAAGAGAAUGAACUCAAUUUCAAUGCUGGCGACAACAUCCUGGAUAUCGAGUUUGUCUCGGAGGACUGGUGGCAAGGCUCUGUCCAUGGUCGCGUCGGACUAUUCCCCGGCAACUAUGUGGAGCUGCUUUAAACACGGAGCAUCACGGGGGGCCCCUGUCUGCUCCCGAGCCGGUGUGGACCGACUCCUCCGGCGCAACAUGCCAGAGAUUUCAUGUGCGCCCAGGUUCCUGGCUCUGUUGCUCUUGGAGUAUCAUGGCCGAGAUAAAUACAGCCGGCGUGUCCGCUAAA